AUGAGCCACAAGGCUUCUUGUGGCAAUCAGAGCGCAGACCAACAACCUCAACUUCACCCUUCCACUGACCUCUCAAAGGGCCCCACUGCCGCCGUCGCGACGGAGAAGAAAUCAGACACCAAACAUCAUCACCACCAUCACUUCCACUUCCACCAUCACUCCAACGCUAAUAUCACCAAGACCCAUUCGGACCCUGCUUCUUCUCCUCCAUCUUCUCCAACUGAAUCCACUGCUUCUGUCAAACUUAUCGAUUCUCCUGAACUCAAACCUCGUCAAGCCACAACCACACCCACACCCACACCCACUAACAAUGUUCCGUCUAUCAAAGUAGCCAAGGCCGAAAAUGGUAACGGCCAAUCCACUCCUACCAUCCCGAAGAAUGUUCCCUCGAAGCCGACCGGUAGGCAUUCCGAGAUUGCUAAAGCCGCCACCAUUGCCUCUACUCAGGCUGUGGCCGCGAGCUCUGGCAACAAGGAUAUGCUCCUUCCGGCCAGCAUUCAGAACGCUACUCCAAUCAAUGGCACUACCACUGGCACCCUUAGUCCAAUGAAGUCCUCUGAUACUCCUCUAGCUAGCUCCCCGAGUUCACCGCGACUUCAUGCGACAACGCUCAAUAUCCCUGGUCUUACCAAAAGUAAGGUUUCCGUAGAUGGACGAAUCCCUGCUCGAGACAUUGGCUCCAAAUUGGUCAUAGUUAUGGUCGGUUUGCCAGCCAGAGGAAAGAGCUAUAUCACUAGAAAGCUAGCUCGUUAUCUCGGAUGGCUCCAGUAUGACGUUAAGGUCUUCAACGUUGGUAAUCGUCGUCGUAUUGCAGCCAACCAGCCCCAGCCACCCACACCUCCAGAACAUGGCUCUCACGACGUUGUCCACCAAGCCGUCCGAGCUCUCAAAGAUGUCCAAUUGGACCAGGACGGUACGGUUAAGCAACCGUUCCGUGGUACUGGACUUCUUGGAUCUCUUGAUAUUAAGGCCGGUUCGCCUCCCAAGUUCAGCCUCGACGCUGGGAACGUUGCCUUCCAGACCACAAACCUCGACGGGCCCCAGGAAGAUACCAAUGAUAAGGAUGAGGGCAUCUCCCAAUCGGCCGAAUUCUUUGAUCCUACCAACGUUAAAGCCAAAAGGUUACGUGAGAGAGUUGCCAUGGAGACCCUCGAUGAGGCUCUCGAUUACGUCAUGAAUGGAGAAGGUAGUGUCGCCAUUUUAGACGCGACGAACAGCACAAUCGAGAGACGUACCGCUAUCGUCGACCACAUUCGCGGGGUCGCCGGGAACGACCUCGGGAUCCUCUUCAUCGAAUCCAUCUGUGAGGACGAGCAGGUCCUCGAAGCUAACAUGCGCUUGAAGCUUUCUGGGCCCGACUACAAGGGGUUGGAUCCUGAAAAAUCAUACAAUGACUUCAAGAAACGUGUCAAAAUGUACGAAGGAGCCUACGUUCCUAUCGGCGCGUAUGAGGAAAAGAAAGGAUGGGCCUAUCUUAAAUUAAUCGACGUUGGGCGAAAGUUUGUUGCUCACGGAAUCCGUGGGUUCCUUGCCAACCACUCCGCUUACUACCUCAUGAACUUCAACUUGGCGUCCCGACAGAUCUGGAUUACUCGUCACGGUGAGUCGAUGGAUAACGUCCAAGGCAGAAUCGGAGGAAAUUCCAGCCUGAGUGGUAAAGGCGACAAGUAUGCGAAAGCAUUAGCCAGUUUUAUCCAGGAAGAGAGGAAGAAGUUCCACAGGCAUGAAAUAGAAAAGCAUCAUGCGGCACAGCUUCCUCCUAGGUCUGGAGAUAUUACACCACCUAAUCCGGAUGCUUCGAUGCAUUUUGCCGGGGAGGACGAUUAUUGUCCUGCCGAAAAGCCGUUCUGCGUCUGGACAAGUAUGCUCAACCGAAGCGUGGAGACAGCUAAAUACUUUAACGACGAAGAGUACGACAUCAAACAGUGGAGGAUGCUUGACGAGCUCAAUGCUGGGUUGGCUGAGGGUAAAACGUAUGACGAAAUCCGACGCGACCUUCCCGGCGAGUACGAGAAUCGUAUUGCAGACAAGCUCCACUAUAGGUACCCAGGGCCCGGCGGAGAGUCGUACUUGGACGUUAUUCACCGUCUUAAAGAAAUCAUUAUCGAAGUUGAGCGAACGACCGACCAUGUGCUCAUAGUUGCGCAUAGAGUCGUUGCGCGUGUUCUUCUUGGAUACUACACCGGGCAACCUCGUGACAAGGUUGCUAACCUUGACGUACCUCUUGGGAUGGUAUUCUGUCUAGAACCAAGGCCAUACGGUGUCGAACUUAAAGCAUUCAAGUUUGACCUUGCGACCGACAAGUUCUACCAGAUUCCAGAUUUCGAACUUCGCACGACGACACCAGAGAAGAGCGAACGUGAAUCCAUGGAAUAG